AUGGGUUGCGUCGAAGUGCUUCCGAAAUCGGUCAUUGUCCAGGCUAAUGACACCAGCAAGGUGCAACUAAAACUCCUCCCUCGAAUAUCUCUGAAAUCUCUGAAUCAACUUCGUCGGGAGAACGAUGACCAAGAUGGCGAGAAGACAGUCCUAUUUGACGCACAAUCGGGCUCCUUGCAAACCACCUUGCGUUUUGAAGUUCCCGAGGCAAAGAGUCAGGAUAUCAGUGUCAACUUGGCAGCUACCCUCACAACCUCGGACCUAGUCUUCGAGCCGCCCCUUCUCGACUUUGGUCGCAUUCCGACCAGUCAGACGGGUUUAGUUCACUUUCGGCUGAUCAAUCCCGGCCUUAUUCCGCUCAAGUUUGGAUUCACCGAGGUCCCUCAGGUAGGUAUUGCCACCAAACUCUAUCUUCUACGAUGA